UGCAUACUUACCUCUUAGAUGCUUACCAACACUUGUUAUCUGUCACAUUGAUUCUGCUGCUUCCACAAUCCUUAAAACCCAGAAAAACAUUUAAAAUCAGUUUUUCAAAAUAUUGGGCAGAUAUGUGGUUUGAAAUUCUACCGUCGUUUGCUAUCGUUACUGUGUGCCUUGCGGUUCCAGGUUUUGGGAUGUACGGUUUGCACAAACUCGUUAUUGGUAAUGCAUAUCGGCGUAACACUGACCAACGAUGGGAACGCGUCAUGUAUACCAGAGAUACGAGGCUUACAGGCAGCCCUUAUAAAUGCAAUGGAUUAGAAUCGAUUCCGGAUAAAUGAAUGGACAUUGUUAUUACAAUUUAAUUUAGUAGAAUACACUGGAACUUGGUUAUCUGA